AUAAAUAACAUUGGGGGAAUUGAAGAAAUAAAGAAAGAAGCCAUAGAGGAAAAGAAAUGGCACAAAUGAACCGAGAAGAAAAGCUGAAUGAAUCUACGGAAGUGGAGAUGAACGAUAGCAAGACAGCUUCGUUCAAAUUCAACGCCCAAGCAGAAGAAUUCGUUCCCAGAGCACAGACCCAGAUGCCCCUUUCGGGUUAUUUUUAUCCGUGCUUCGAUUUUAUGGGUGGGACUAGUGGGUCUGAUUGGUUCUAUGUUGCAGAGCGAGAACCAGUACAGAUGAUUCCUAAUUCCAAUGUUUCAGUCCCCAACUCUACCAAGACUUUCCUCACUAAUGAUCUUCGCCAAAAGAUCAUUAAACAGGUGGAACACCAAUUCAGUGAUAUGAGUUUGGUAGCAAGUGAUCUGUUAGCAAAGCAUAUACAUAAAGAUCCUGAAGGUUAUGUUCCAAUAUCUGUUAUUGCAUCCUUGAAGAAAAUAAAGUCACUUGUCAGCAACAAUCAUUUGCUUGUCCAAGCACUCCGAGCAUCAUCAAAACUGAUUGUGAGCGAUGAUGGCAAGAAGGUCAAACGUAAACACCUUUUCACUGAGCGGGACAAAGAGGAGUUGCAGUCUCGUAUAGUUUUUGUUGAGAAUUUGCCUGAAGAUUAUUCUCACCCAAACCUUGAGAAAAUUUUUGGUGUUGUUGGAAGUGUGAAGACCAUCAGAAUAUGUCAUCCGCAGGAAUCCAGCGCUUCUCGCUCAAAGAGUGAUGUGCUCAUCAGUAAUAAACUUCAUGCACUUGUGGAGUAUGAGACAAUUGACCAAGCAGAGAAAGCAGUUGAAAAGCUAAAUGAUGAAAGGAACUGGAGAAAGGGCCUCCGUGUAAGAUUGCUGCUUAGACGUUCGCCAAGAUCUGUUAUAAAGAGUAGGAAAUCAGACUAUGAUCACUUUGAUAAAAACUCAGAUGAAGAUGAGGCACCUCACUCAGAAUCAUUGGAAGACUCUCAUCAAUCUAAUAACAUUGAACAGUCCAUCGAAAACAAUGCUGAAGAUACUUCUACUGGAACGAAGAAAGGGUGGGCGAGAGGCCGUGGGAAGUCCCGUGGACGUCCCCAGGGUCACAAUGUGCGUGGUCUGCUUUCCCCUUCACCACAAUCUAGCAGCUCUAUCCAGUGUGAAGCAUCAACUAAAUUGACUCCCAAGGGACCAAGAAUGCCAGAUGGGACACGCGGAUUUACUAUGGGUCGUGGGAAGCCAGUGAGCACUCUGGGUAUGGAUAUGCCCAGUUCAACUGUUGAGUGACUGAUGAGUACCUGGAUUACUGUCUCUUUGCUACUAAGGAAUUUUCCGACAUUAUCAAUGGAAUCAAUAAUGGAAGAUGUAUAGUAUUCCAUCGCGGCAUUCAAAACAAACAUCAUGGUCUCUUGAUUACAACAUUCUUUCCCCCUCCCCCCCAAUUUUUUGGGAUUAUAUUGUGUUAGUACACUUCAUCUAGUUUUGUAGGUGUAUCACUGAUACUGAUUGUUUUGAUCUAUUUGAAUAAUGAGUUAUGGAAGUUAAGGUGUA